AAGUUAGCUGCUUAGCGAUUUCGGCGACCGCCUCGAAGCUCCGGUUUCAAACGUAUCAUUACAGACCACUGACUGACAACCCGAUGGUGCAUUAGAAACAGACUGUGUCUAUAUUGGUCUAGCAAUAUCUGCUAUGCUUGUAUUCCGGUUUAAAUUGGUUUUCCUCUCUUGCGAUAACACAUCCAAACCAGUAGGGGAAACCAGAGACAUUCUGCCCGGGAGAUACACUAGACUCUGCUUACGUCAUCCACACGCGGCAGCAGAAACGUAGAAUGCGAUUUAUGCUAAAUUGUUUUCGGUUAAAUACAUUGACUUCUGUUUUCAGAUCAAAUGAAACACGAUUUAUGUUAACGGUUGAGAAGAGUUCGUAUUUUACGGGUGAACCCAAGAAAAAGAUGCCGCCUCACAAGAAAAACGGGAUACCGGACAGAUGGGAAGACUACCAGGCCGUAGGGAAGAUUAUAUCUGGGACGCGGUUCAUCGCUUUUAAAGUCCCUCUGAAACCGUCCCUGUGUCGUCAUGUGGAACGUUCAGAGGCAUUUGGUCCAUGGGAGCUGAUGCAGACUAUGGAGAAAGACGGACAGGAGCUGGGACUGAUCAUAGACCUCACCUUUACUACACGCUACUACAAACCUGAGGACCUUCCAGACUCCGUGCUCUACCUGAAGAUUUUCACGGCUGGUCAUGAAGUUCCCAGCGAUCCCACAAUCCUUAGCUUCAAACGUGCUGUCCGCAGGUUCCUACGAGACAACACACACAACGAUAAGCUGAUCGGAGUACACUGUACUCAUGGUCUCAACAGAACAGGCUACCUGGUCUGUAGGUAUCUGAUAGAUGUAGAUGGGAUGGAUCCUAAAGAGGCUGUGGAGUUGUUUAACUCUUCGCGGGGUCACUCCAUAGAAAGAGGGAACUACCUGAAAGACCUACAGACUGGGCCAAAGAGAAGUAACGAUGGGAUGGAGGAGUCGGAGCAGGAGCCAAUCAGAGGCAGCUCUGGCAGUCAGCAUAACAUUCUCGACUAUCCUGCCCACCGCGACAGACAUUACGACAGGCAUUAUGACCACAACCAAUCUCAAUCUGUGCCUCUCCACCAGAAGGGUAUGAACCACCAGACUCACGGCCUCCCUCCUCCUCUGCCUCCGUAUGGCAUGUGGCCCCCCCACCCUAGCCUUCUCCCCCGUCCUCCUUACUUCAACAACUACCAAUGGAGACCCCCCCAGCCACAGAACAACUGGAGGAGGCCCUACCCACCAGAGGAAGACAGGAGGAGAGGGGAGGACUGGAGGUCAUCCCACUAUCACGAGAGGACGAGAAUUCGCUACCCCCCUGGCCCUUCCCCUUGCCCUGUUCUCCCCCGUUACUCCCCGAAAGGAUGGACUAAUGAGCCUGAGGGGUCUGCCUCCUCCCUCCCCUCUGAAGAGAUAAGUGGCCCACAGAGGAAAGUCCGCCCACGACACAAACACACACGCAGCAAAGACAGGACUAAAUAAAGAUGAGAGGAAAUUGGGGAGAGGAGAGAGGGGGUGUGCAGUUAGUUUUCUUUUUACUUUUUAAAAUGAAAGGUGAAGCUUCCUGGUGUGUUUGACUGCUACAGUUCCAUGGGGGCUGAAUAGUUUGAUUUGCUUUUAAAAACCGAUUUUAGGUUUUAGUUGAGAGAUGUGUUCUAUUGAGACUGAGAGAAAGGCCUUAGUUCACUUACAUAAAGUGCCUGACUGACUGUUUACUGACUGACUUACCUUGUCCCAAGGCUAUUGCGCAUAUAAGCCUGGUACAUCAACGAUUCAAAGUUGGCCUUACUGAGUAAAGUAUUUGUCUUUUUAUUUUAGCAAAUAACACGAUUGCGAAAGGUGUGGCUCUGUGCUUGUGGUGUGCUAGCAUAUGGGGGAGGGUGUUAUGAGAGAUGAUUGGUUUGUAGAUAAAGCUGAUUAAGUCAAUGCCUAUGCACCUCUAGUUUCUCCCGGUCUUUCUGUAUUAGCUAACGAAGGCCAAGUUUGACGCGUUGAUCUACCAGGCUAUUCGCGCAUUUGAGCGGAAGUGCCUGGGAACAAGAUGACUGACUGACUAUUGAUUGACUGACUGUUGGCUGACUGACUGGUUUCACAUAGACAUGAGUUGUUAAUGCCCUCUCUCAGUUCCAUGUAUGUAUCAUGUAUGACAGGCAGGUCAUGUAUGUAUGUAUAUAUGACUGUCAUUUAUGUGCUUUUCUGCUCUGAGUGUUUUUGAUCAAAUGUAGUAAAGAACAUUGGAAGCUGGAA